GCGAAGUGAACGCGUCGAGGCGAUUGGACGUUGGCCCACAAAAUCUAGCGGUGCCAGCCAACUUUUAACAUCACACCGAACUAGAUUUUUAGUUCAGUCGGUUAAAGUUUGUGCAGUUCUUGGACGGGCGUCAUGUGCAACGCUGUAUGCAAAUAAGAAGGUUGCAAAAUCUUACGAUUGACGCUUGUUUCCGUUGUUCAGUGACCGUUUUGCUAGUGAGGGGUGCCAUAUUGGGAUUUUAUUCCGUUUUGAGGAUGAUAAGGCACAGUUCGCACCAGGCCGCCAAUUGAAGAGGACUGAUUGAGGAAUUAUGAAGACUGACCAAACCUUGUGAACUGUGAUACCCAACUUGUGAUAUAUUUACUGUAGCUGUGAACUAAACUAUCAAAAACCAUGGAUUUCCUUUCGGACUUCGACGAGAAGCUGGCCGAAAACGACACCUACGACAUCAAGUUCGGCUCGAAGAUACAGAGGAAGGGCAAGAUUUUCUCGUACACCUUCUGGAGGACGGAAGUCGACAACGAGAUCUUCUGGAGCGUGCAAGGCAACAAGAACGACGGGGCCGCGUGGAUUUACACACAGUAUUUCGGGCCGCCGGAGGAGGCCAAACGCUACCAACAAGAAGUUAUACUCCACCAUCCGACUGAGAAGAAGAUCAAGCUGAUUUAUGCCGCCCUCUGCACCGAAGGCAUGAACUGCAUCAAGAUUUCCAGGGAGAUCGUGCAGCACUUCAAGGACCACAACAACGACUUCAAUUUCGAAUUCAGAUUAGUGAAGCUGAAGAGAAGACCUUAUCCUCAGAGGAUGUUGUGAAUUUGCGGCGGUGGAACGCCGUAUUAGGAAAUGGGAACCUUCCUGGAUUAGUGAUAUGUGAAAGGGAAGUUUUCAUUUUCCGGCUGACUUGGUCAAAAGUACUUGUAUUUUUUUAAUACUAGUCAAAAGGGUUGUUCUCUGUCGAAGAAACUUACAUUUUGACUAGAGCCAUAUUUUAUUGUUUUAUUGGUACUUUUGAUCAGGAAUCGAGUUGAAGUGUCUAUUUUAGAUAUGUGAUGAUUUUAAAACGUAUGUAAACAAGAAGAAAACUAAAAGUUAUAGUUUAGGAUGAGUUAGUUCAUAACACGAUGUACAGAUUGAUUUUUAUACUAAAAUGAAUGUGUGUCCAAAAUAAUCUGCAAUUUUAUAAAUUAACCAAAAAAUGUAUAAAUGUUUAUGUCAUAGAGUAUAUUCAUAAUUUUAAUUAAACUUAUGUUAUAUACAAAGAUAUAGUAAUUCAUAUGUCUAUACUAAAUGUACUUGUUUAGUAUGGUUCUAUUUGUAUUCAAUAUACAAGGUAUUGUUAGAAUUAGGAUUUACCAAUUUUUGAAUGAGUGUUAUAAUCUCGUAUCAGUUUUGUUUAAUAAGUGACGAUCAUAUUAUCGUAAAAAAUACUAUUGCUAGGUUAAUAUCUCAUUUAUAGGUUAUAUUGAUUUUAUGUGUAUUUGUAAUUACAAAGACUUAUUUAUUAUUUGAAACAAUGUACUUAAUUGAAGCUGAAUAAAUAAAAUUUCCUGGGAAAA